AUGAGGGUCAAAGUUCAAAUGGUCGCCAGUUCACUUACAUAGUGUUGUAGAUGGGAGGGGUUGAAAAGAGUUUAAAAAGAAGACAAACAACAACGGUUUUAUAUGGGCAAAUCGUCUUAAAAUGUUUUUAUUAUAAUAAUUAUUCUAAGAUGUAUAAUUCUAAUAUAUUUAUUCUCAAAUUUUGCUUUCUUCAUCAUCCAAAUGGUGAGCAGUGCACUGGGCUGACCACUAGGGGCUUUCUGCCAACUCGUAUUUCUUUGUUGUGAAAAGCGGGAAAGCCAACCUUCGUAGUUGGCACUCAACGUGAUCUCAUUCUCAUUUGGGCGUUGCCGGUGGCUGUGAGGACAGCUGGAGUCCACAGAGAUUGAAAUUAAUGCAGUGCAAGUUCUGCAAAUUCAGCCAUGACGUCGAAGCUGUUCUGGUGAAACACUAUCGACUUCAUCACAGAGGUUCGACCUGGCCUUGCAUCCACAGGGACUGUUUUUGUACUUUCAGAACCAUUAGUGCUUUGAAAUCACAUAUUUCAAGAUUGCACAGGACUGUCCAAAGGCAGGAAAAUCUAUCAUUUCAGUGCUCGUUGUGUGACUACAAAGACAUUUGCUGUAAAAAGAAAGUAUUAACUCAUUUGCACCAUCAUCUUAGACUCAGAGAGACCGUGUCUUACCCAUUUGUAGGCUGCAGCUUUGCAACCAACCGCCUAAAUAGUUUUACAGGACAUACUUCACGGAAUCAUAAAAGCCAUAAUCUUAGAAAUUUUCUGACACCAGUCAGGGUAGUUAAUGAUUUUCCAUCUGACGACAUAGCCCAGCCAUGUAGUGUUGAUCCGGAAGCUGGAGUGUCAUUGACAUGCAGUCCUAGUUUGGAUUCCACAGAAAACGGUCGACCUGAUUGUGCGCAGAAUGUAGACUCUGAAAUACUUCAGCACAAAUUAGCUUCCCUUUUUCUACGCAUGCAAUGCGUACUACAUGUGCCAAAACAUGCAAUACAGGCAAUUAUAGAUGAAUUUAGUGAUAUUUUGUCCUUUUCCAAGUUUCACACAACUAAAAUUCUCAAAGACGUUUUAGCAAAACACAAUAUUGAAGUUGAGGAAGAUGUUAUUCAAGAGAUAAGUAGCACUGUGUUUGAAAAAAAUCCAGUACUUGUUACAACAGCAGAAAAAGGUGCAUUAUCAACAGAUUAUAGAAGGAACAGAUAUUUCAAGGAACAUUUCUCCAUCAUUGAACCAACUGAGUUAUUGUAUGACCGGACUUCAAAAAAAGCAUUUGUUUAUGUUUCUGUGAAUGAGGUUAUUGAGCUUUUGUUGAACAGAGGAGAGUUUCUUGAAAAACUUGUUUUCAGUGAAGAGUCUACUCCAGGGAUUUACAAGACUUUCCAAGAUGGUUCUUACUUUCAGCAAAAUUUUGGAGAAAAUGAGCUACAUAUUGCAUUGGGAUUAUAUAUAGAUGAUUUUGAAUUGUGUAACCCAUUAGGCACAUCGAAGAAAAUCCACAAAAUCACUGCUGUUUAUUGGGUUAUUCUUAAUCUGCCCUCAAAGUUUCGUUCCACUUUACACUCCAUUCAUUUAGCUCUUCUUGGAAAGACUUGUGAUGUCAAACAGUUUGGUUUUGAAAAAUUUUUUAAUCCUUUAGUUAAGGACUUAAAGUCACUGGAACAAACAGGGGUCUUUGUGCAAACUUUGGACAACUAUGUAAAAGGAUCAGUAUUUUGUGUCUGUGCAGAUAAUUUAGGAGCUCAUGGACUGGCCGGCUUUCAGGAAAGUUUCAAUGUAAAGAAUUUCUGUAGAUUUUGUUUGACAAAUCGAGGUGAAAUAGCAACUACAGCAAUUUCUGAUUUUCAGCUACGCUACAGAGAACAGCAUGAUACAUUUCUGCUACAACUUUGUCAAGAAAAUGUUCCACAUGUGAAUGGUGUUAAAAGUGAAUGUGUGUUAAGUAAGCAUCUGUCAAAUUUUCACCCUGUCACGGGUUUUCCUCCAGACAUAUUGCAUGAUUUUUUUGAAGGUGUCAUUCCUGUUGAACUGUCUCUGUGUCUGAAAGAGUUAAUUUUGAAAGGCUUUUUUUCUUUAGAGAGACUAAAUAGCCUUAUCAAUUCAUUCCCUUACAAAUAUUCUGACAGGUUAAAUAAACCAAAGGCAAUUUCUAAAGCAAAUUUUGAAAAGGGCAGCAUAGGUGGCAAUGGCCAUGAGAAUUGGUCUCUCUUACGAUUCCUCCCUCUUCUCAUCGGAAAGAGCGUCCCAGAACAAGAACCCGCAUGGGAAAUACUGAUGGACCUUAAAGAAAUUGUUGAAAUUGUUGUCAGACCUGUUUUGUCAGAGGAAAUAUUGAACUACUUGGAGAUCAAGUUGUCUGAUCACAGAAGCCUGCUCACAGCCACUUUUCCUGCUUUUAGCCUGCGUCCAAAGCAUCACUUUGCUGAACAUUAUCCUUACCUACUACGAUGCUUUGGUCCAUUAGUGGAAUUAUGGACAAUGAGGUUUGAAUCGAAACAUAGCUUUUUCAAGAAGACUAUGCAUGAUGCUCAAAACUUUAAAAAUGUGCUCCUCACACUGUCCACAAAACACCAGCAGAUGAUGGCCUGCUUGUUUGAUAGUCAGAGUCUGUUCAAGUCAAUGUUACAUGUGGAGAAAGUAACUGACAUCAAAACAUCUUCUUUGGAUGCUCCCCUGCGCGCAGUUAUUAAGAGACACUAUCCACAUCUUGAGGCUGUGUCCCUUUCCAAAGACAUUUAUUUUCAUGGGACCCGAUAUGUUGUGGAUAUGAUUCUGUCAUCUGGGCACUGCAGUGGACUGCCAGAGUUCUAUAAGAUCGUGACCAUAAUUGUUAACCCAGAAAAAGCAGCCUUUGUUGUCAAAAAGCUCACAUCUUGGUACCUUGAACAUUUUAGGUCUUAUGAGCUUAUGGAGAGCAUCUAUGCAAACAUUGAGAUUUUUGAUCCUCAGGCUCUUAACGACUACCAUCCAUUGGUUUCCUACACUGUGGGAGGCAGGGUGUUGGUGACUCCAAAAGUGUGCCUGCUCCAUUGAAGUGACAAGAAUGGUAAGUGAACUCUGAUGACGCAUUAUUCACAGAACUCUUGCUCUAAUUGUCAUUUUUGCCCUUUCUCCCAUUUGAACAAGAUGCAUAUGCUGCCUGUCAUUAUUUUGACAUUUUUCUGUUUAACUUCCUUUUUUCCCCCUCCUGAGUGGAUUUAUGGACUUGUUUCACCUGUUUGUUUUUUUUUUUCUGUUCAACCUCCACCCCUGCCUGUGUUUUUUUGUGGGGUUUCUUUGGUUUGUUUUUUUUAGACAAAAUAAGACAAGUUUGAUUCGCUUUUGUUUGUGAAUCGUUUUUUACUCCCUGUAAGCUAACCCUUAAGUGUUUUGUCCUUGUUUCUGGUUACACAGGCGGGGAUUCUGCUGCUGGUGAAAAUCUCCACAAGAAUGUCCCGCAAAAUGGCACUUCCUGUUGUACCGGAAUCAGUUGAAGAGCUGCAAGAAAUUCUUCAGGAGAAACUUCAACUUCAAGGCAGCUUCACACUACAGUA